UCACAGUGUGAAGACCAAGGAUUAAAUGAUGGAAGUGUCAAGACAGUAAAAAUCCAUCAAGUGCAGACAGAGAACUUAUGGAGCCGUGACGGUCAUCUCUCCAGUGAGCACUACCUGCAUAGAGCUCCCUUGGGCCUGACUCUAGAAGAUCUCCAGCAGCCCAGCCAUUGCCAGCCAAGGGACUUUGUUUCCAAGCAAAAGAACGCCAUGGCUUUAAGUGAAAGAGAUUCUCUAAGGAGUGCUCAAAAUAAGGCGGGAUCAUUGAGGGGCUCUGAACAGAACAGGAAUUUGAGUGAAAGAGUGGAUUCUCUUCAAGAGCAAAAUGCUUCUUUGGUCUCACAAAACCACUCUCUGGUGAACAAGAUCAAAUCCAUGCAGCUGGAACUCACAAAAUCCAAAUCAAAGGUUCGUUUUUAUGAAUCUGCUCUUGGAAAGCCUACCUCCAGAAUCCCUGAGCUAGAGAAACAUAUUGUUGGUUUAGAAGCAGAAUCCGAAGCACAGGAAAAAGCUCUCAGGAUUGCAGAAGAGAAACUAGUGGAAAGCCACCACAAAAUGGCUGAAAAAGAACAAGUUCUGCGGAAUUUCAGAGAAGAAUUGAAGAUUAUGAAAAAGGAGUUAGAUGAGUGUUGCAUUCAAUGUAAAAGAACUGAGAAACAGAGAAACAAAGCACUGUUUAAUGCUGAAGAAUUAACCAAAGCAUUCCAACAGUACAAGAAAAAUGUGGCAGAAAAAAUAGAAAAGAUUCAAAAAGAGGAGAAGCAAAGAAGCCAGGCGCUCCAAGACUGUGAAAGAGAACGAACGGAAUCCUGGGAAAAAUGUAAAAAAUUGGAAAGUGAACUUGAAGAUGCAAGGAAACAUUUAAGGAGUUUGCUGUCUGAAAAGACUGAUGAAGGGGAGAAAGAGAAAUGUGCAGCAGCAAGUAACACAGAGCUUAUUUCACUUCUGACCCAGUGUAAU